UUCUCAAAAGAUCCCGUCUAAAGCUUGAUUCUUCUGGAUUCUACCAUGUUGCUGCUUUACCUACAUUUUCUCGGAAACAAAACGGAUUGUUAAUUCAAAAAUUUUAUGUUCAUGGCGAAAUUCCAACGAAUGAAUUAAUGAAUAAAAAGAUAUCGGCGAAGAUGCUUAGCCCUUCAGAAUUUAAGGUUAUUGUUGAUUUAAAACUAGAGUUCGACCUUAAGAACAAUUACGAUGCUGCAAACAUGCCAUUUCCAAAAUAUCUGCCAUCUAAACCAUUUUCUCCUGUUGUGGGCGGCUGCUCAUCUUACCCUGUUAAGGACUGCAAAAUGCAUAAGCCCGAUACUCGCACUACAACUUUGCCGAACGACCCCACUAAACCUACCGAUAUCCCCAGUAAAAAUACUCCGGACGCAACAUCGACUGAUACCCCGGCCAGAACCUCAACCGAUGUCCCCACUAGCACCAAACCAACCAAUCCCGCUAAUAACCAAAAGCCAACCUCAAAACCAACCCCAACCAGUGUUCCCAGACCAUCUCCUGAUCCUAAAGAUGCUGCAGCCACAACUACGUCAGAUUCCUCACCGAAACAGCCAUCACCUACGAAUAUUACAAAUAUAAAUUCACCCGAUUCUUCACCCAACUCUUCACCUAUACCGGUAGAUUCUGCAGACCAAAAUGCCUCAUCAACUCCAUUGCCAGGGUCAAGUUUAGGUGUACUUCCCAUAGAUAUCGAAAUCGUAAAUGGAAAAGACAGUAUCGCCGGAGACAAGCCCUACGAAACGAAACUCUGGCUUCUGCCCCUGGGUUUAAUGUUGGUGGUGAUGGUAGUAAUGCUUAAGCUUUAUAAUAGUGUAAAAAAUUUAUGCGCCAAAUACAAAAGUUUUUGUAAUCAAUGUG